AUGGCGGCUUCGUCGACGGCGACGGCCAUCCUGGCGGCUCUUGUUGUCUGUCUCACCGGCGCUGUGACCACCGUGGACGCCGGGUUCGCGGCGAUGCAGUGGACGCCUGCCCACGCGACGUUCUACGGCGACGAGACGGCGUCGGAGACGAUGGGCGGCGCGUGCGGGUACGGCAACCUGUACGCGAGCGGGUACGGGACGGACACGGCGGCGCUGAGCACGACGCUGUUCCGGGACGGGUACGGGUGCGGGACGUGCUACCAGAUGCGGUGCGCGGGGACGGCGGCGUGCUACAGGGGUUCGCCGGUGAUCACCGUGACGGCGACCAACCUGUGCCCGCCCAACUGGGCGCUCGACUCCAACGCAGGCGGGUGGUGCAACCCGCCGCGGGCCCACUUCGACCUCUCCAAGCCGGCCUUCAUGAAGAUGGCCGACUGGCACGCCGGCAUCGUGCCCGUCAUGUACCGGAGGGUGCCCUGCGUCAGGAGCGGCGGCCUGCGGUUCGCGCUGCAGGGGAACGCGUACUGGCUGCUGGCGUACGUCAUGAACGUCGCCGGCGCCGGGGACGUCGGGGACAUGUGGGUGAAGGGCGGCGGCGCCGGCGGGUGGGUGCGGAUGAGCCACAACUGGGGCGCCUCGUACCAGGCGUUCGCGCAGCUCGGCGGCCAGGCGCUCAGCUUCAAGGUCACCUCCUACACCACCGGCCAGACCGUCCUCGCCGCCGGCGUCACGCCGCCGAGCUGGUGCCUCGGGCUCACGUACCAGGCCAACGUCAACUUCUCCUAG